CCAAGCUGUGUUGAAGCUUAGGAGUCGUCCCUUUACUACAACAGAAAUGGCAAUCUCUUCUCCGUCAGUGUUCAAUCACGAUACAAAAGCUGCGGGUCCUCGCCAUUUUCGCUCCAUAUUGCUGCUUUUGUCAAAUUAGUCCCCUUUGGUCACUUUGUUAUCCGCUAUCGCUUCCCCGCCUCGUCGCUUUCCCUUGGAUCCCAAAAAGAAGUUCCCGUCAUGGUUGGCGUUCCAAAGAGUACAGGAUGCUUCAUUUGUCGAAAAAGGAAGAUCAAGUGUGACGAAACUUGGCCGAGUUGUAUCAACUGUCAGAAAAACGGCAAGUGCUGUCCGGGCCCUCCCGCAAGACACACCUUCAAAGACUUGGGACCAAGGUUGAAAGAUAGCACUGCUUCACCGGUUGGAGAAGUAUUCUACAGAGGUACUUAUCACAGCGUACACAGUCCGAAUUCCUUAACAACCAAUGAAGUACAACGUAGUAAGCGGUUAACACAGCUUAACGAGAAAUGGUCCGACAACGGGGGUGUCUUUCAGAAGUUCCGAAUAUCUAACAAGGGCGCCGAUCAACUUCAAAAGAGAUCACCACGCUGGAGCCCCCAUCUUAGCCCAGGUUCUAGCCCGCCGCGAACUGCCAUCUCUAGACAGCCAUCCCCUUCGCGGCAUCAAGAGUUAUCUCGUGCCUUGGUAGAAGCUUUCACGACCGGCAGCGUCGGCCACCGCAUGUCUGCAUUUGGACCAUUCAUCCGUGAAGUACCUGCCAGAAUUGGACAUAACGUAGCGUUAGAUGCCGCAGUUGCAUGCCUCGUAAACGCCCAUUCGUCAAUGGUCCACAAGAAGAAAGCCACUGAGAUCGCGAACCCCGGCCUCUACCUUCGAGCAGUCCAGGCCUUACAAACAUGCCUGGAGAGUCCGAAGGAAGGCAUGUCGUCUAACACGCUCUGUGCAUCUGUCCUGUUGGGUUUGGUAGAGGCGAUGGCUGGCCCAAGAGUGGGAAACCGUUACUUAGCCCAUGUUGGAGGUGCCGGACGUCUGAUGGAACUCCAAGGCCCAGAGCAGUGCCAGGACCGAUUCGCUAAAGAGAUUCUUCGAUUCAAUAGGGGCGGGAUAAUUAUCACAUCCAUAUACGAAAGGAAGCCCUGUUUCCUCACAAGGCCCGAAUGGAGUGACAUUGCAUUUGACAAUAACGGGCUCAGCUUCGAAGACCAUCUAUACACUGAAAUUUUACGCCAUAUGGCUAACUUUCCAGCACUUCUCAGAGAGCUUAGAGACUUAGAUCAACUACCAGUUCAACCUCUCGGCGAUGUUGUCUUACCGGAGUUCGACUUACCUUUCAACUUUGACGACAAUCUCUCGGAUACUUGUCCUUCUCUCGACUUCCCAUCGGCGAGUUUUGAUACUACCGACUUCGAGUUUCCAAAUGAACCUUACAUCCCCAACAAUUAUUGCGCAUACUCCACUUCUCGAGCGAUUCUCCUCAACAAACUUCAAAACAUGAAGCAGGCUCUUUGCUCCCUAGGAGAACCUCUCAACGCUAGACUCCGCGAUGGUUCCGCGGCUGUGGAACUUCCUUCUAUCGAGGAUGGUAGCCCUAUUCCGACCGCUUUCCACUUUAAUGGUGGACGUGUCGCGGUAGCUUACAACUGCUUCUGGUCCCUUCUCAUCCUGACGAACAAGGUCAUCAUGAAGCUUCUUCCUCUAUACGACUCCAGAUACUAUGCAUUAGAGGCGGAAUGCCGCACUGUUGCGUUCGAGAUUUGUAAGACGUGGGAGGAUGCCUGGGCAAGUAAGCCAAUCGGAGCAUUUCACACCGGACUUAGCUUCGUCAUGGCUUACGAAUUUACUACACUGGAUGUGCAGGCAUGGAUACUUAGGGGAUUGAAUGCACUUUUAGAUCAUCAGCUAGUGGAUACGUUCCGUUGGUCGGAUGAAGCGAUUGCGAUGAUGAGUGGGAAGCUCUGUGGUGAAGGGCCCGAUCUAGUCUUCACACAUGGACGGACGACGGGGUAAAUCUCGUUGUCCGAGGCGUUAGCCGUUAGAUUGGGAGCUGUCAUUCUUGUACACUUUUCGGUGACUGUCUUUUCUGCAUAGCGGCAUUGGUGGGUUCUUGAUUACCUUUACGUCUUCAAUUCUAACAACGGAGUC